AAGCUACAUCAAUCCUAUAAACUACGAAUUAAGACGCUCAAGGAAUAAAAAGUCUAACAACGAUUCUUAGCUCGAGGAGCUCCAAGGGAAUUCUCCCUGGUGAGCGAGUCAGCGCGAGAGAUAGCCUUGAGAAACAGAGUGGCUCAACGCGGGUGCGGGGCACGCGCCGCAGAAGUGAGGCGAACAGGCACGAAAGGAACUGUGGUAUCCUCGCGGUCGUUAUUGUUUCCCUGCAGCUUAAUUCGACAACAAGAGAAGAGGGAUCCGCUAGAGGAAUCGUCGAGGGAGGUUGUUUAUUUUAAAGGCAGAAAAACAACGGAAAAGUGCAGGGUUUUCAUUUCGAAGGAUGUACUACGUGCGUCGGCUCGUCAGUUAGAAAUACAGAGGACUCCCCUGGAUGUUACGAGCUCUUCUGCCAUUCUGUGAUCCCACCAGGUUUGGAAGCAGAGGAGCUUGCAAUCGUUUCAUCAUUUCCGAGCAUUUACAGCGCGACACAGGAGCUGUGUGAGGGGAAAGUAAGAUCGCAUUCCGUCGCAUACAGCACAGCUUUAAUGAAGAAUAAUCAGGCCUGCUAACAAUCUUGUUAAGGGGACACAAUACCCUCAAGACCAAGUAUGGGGUCACCAUGGAAACAACUCCUCCUCCUGUCAAUCAUCAGUGGCCUUUCAGAGUUUUGUGCGGCAGUGGGCGGGCGAUCUGCAUCCUAUGCUGCGGUUCUGAGGCUGAAGCAGGACAGCUCCUCAUCACUGUUGGCCUCCCGGGAAAGGGCCCGGCACGACCGCGGCGUGGGAUCCUCCAUCGCUCUCGACUGGCCAACCUUAUCCAGACCUCACCUGUCAGCCCACAGCAUGCACAGCUCCCUGGAGAACUACAGGAGUGAGGAGAGUGUUGAGUUUGGGCCCGUGUUUCUCCAGGAGCCUGACAAUGCGAUAUUUGCACUGGACUCUGACGAGAAGAAGGUGGCGAUGAACUGCGAGGCUCGAGGGAACCCCCCGCCCACAUACAGAUGGCUAAUCAAUGGAACGGAGGUGGACAUCAGUGCGGAUUUCCGGUAUACCUUGGUGGACGGCUCCUUGAUUAUCACCAACCCUAGUGAGGAGAGUGAUCUAGGGAGGUAUCAGUGCAGGGCAGACAACAGCAUUGGCUCUGUCAUCAGCCGGGACGCCCUCCUCCGCUUUGCCUAUCUGGGGAACUUCAGUGGGAGGACAAGAGGAGGCGUGUCUGUGCGGGAAGGCCAGGGUGUGGUACUCAUGUGCACCCCUCCUCCCCAUUCACCAGAAAUCAUAUACAGCUGGGUGUUCAACGAGUUCCCCUCCUUUGUGGCUGAAGACAGCAGACGCUUCAUCUCCCAGGAGACAGGGAAUCUGUACAUCUCCAAGGUGCAGCCAUCAGAUGUGGGCAGCUACAUCUGUCUGGUGAAAAACACAGCGACCAAUGCCAGGGUCCUGAGCCCGCCCACGCCACUGACGCUGAAGACAGAUGGUAUAAUGGGAGAAUAUGAGCCCAAAAUUGAGGUGCAUUUUCCAGUGACAGUAACUACUGCCAAAGGAGUGACAGUGAGACUGGAGUGCUUUGCUCUGGGGAACCCAGUCCCCACCAUCACCUGGAGGAAAAUGAAUGGAAACAUCCCCAAAAAGGCCAGGCUCCGGAAGUCCCAGGCUGUUCUGGAGAUUCCAAACAUUCAGCUGGAGGACUCUGGCACCUAUGAAUGCAAAGCGGAGAAUCCGCGUGGAGGAAAUGCCUUCCGAGGACAGCUACAGGUCUACACCUACCCCCAAUGGAUCAAAAUGAUAAACGACACCGAGCUGGACAGCGGGGAGCAGCUGCAGUGGGAAUGCAAGGCCACGGGAAAGCCCAGACCCACGUACCGCUGGCUGCGCAACGGCGCCCCCCUCCUGCCGCAGAGCAGAGUGGAGAUGGUGAAUGGAGAGCUGUUGAUUCAUGGUGUUCAGCAGGCUGACUCUGGCAUGUACCAGUGUGUGGCUGAAAACAAAUAUGGGGCCAUCUACUCCAGUGCAGAACUGAAGAUUUUAGCGUCAGCUCCCAGCUUUCAGCCCAGCCAUGUGAGGCUCAUCGCCACCGUGGGGAGGGAUGUGUCACUCGAGUGCAAGCCCCGGGCGUCUCCCAGAGCAACCAUCACUUGGAGGAGAGGGGACAGGAGGCUACAGACCAACAAGAGGAUCAUGGUACUGCGGAACAACACCCUCAGGAUUGUGAACUCCAGUCGAGCAGACGAGGGAACCUACAUGUGCCGUGCUGAGAACCCAUUCGGCACUGCCGAAAGGGCCAUCGUGCUGUCAGUCAAAGACCCCUUACGGGUGGAUUUGUCCCCAACGCGUGUCGAGGUGUCAGUGGGUGAGAGUGUGGUCCUCAGCUGCAAGGCGUCCCACGAUCCCUCACUCGAUGUGUCCUUCCUCUGGCUUCGCAACCGCCAUCCACUCAACUUCCAACAAGAAGGGGGCCACUUUGAGUACAUCAGAACACAGUCUUCCACUGCAGACCUGAUGAUCAGGAGCAUCCUCCUGAAACAUGCUGGGAAGUAUGGUUGCCAGACGCAGACCAGUGCGGACACAGUGUACGCCGAGGCGGAGCUGCAGGUCCGAGGUCCCCCUGGGCCCCCGGGAGUUGUCAUUGUGGAGGAAAUCACGGAUGUCACGGCAACGCUGUCUUGGAGCCGUGGGGUUGAUAACCACAGCCCCAUCAGUUCCUACAACCUGCAGGCCAGGAGCCCCUUCUCCCUGGGCUGGCAAACCGUCAGGACAGACCCUGAGCAUGUGACGGGGGAUAUGGAGUCAGCCAUGGCCGUGCAACUGAACCCUUGGGUGGAGUAUGAGUUUCGGGUGGUGGCCAGCAAUGCCAUCGGUACAGGGGACCCCAGUGCCCCCUCCAGAGUCGUCAGAACUAAGGAAGCAGUUCCAUCGGUGGCUCCGGUGAACGUGAGCGGAGGGAGUGGCCGCAGGCAUGAGCUGGUGAUCUCAUGGGAGCCGGUGUCUGAGGAGUUUCAGAAUGGCGAAGGUUUUGGUUACAUCGUGGCCUUCCGGGCCAAUGGGACACGAGGAUGGAAGGAGAAGAUGGUGACAUCAGCAGACUCCACCACUUUCAAGUACCGUGAUGAGACAUUCCCACCCCUCACCCCCUUUGAGGUGAAGGUGGGUGUGUACAACAACAAGGGGGAUGGGCCCUUCAGCAAGGUGGUCACAGUUUACUCUGCAGAAGGAGGUAAAGCCAAGAGCUCCCUCGAGUUAAAGCUACCGAGCGGGUCCUCCUCUGAAAUCCAGUGCCCUGAAGUAGCUGAACCACCAAACCCUGGUCCUGGCAGACCUUGGGGAUACGAGGUGACCUACUGGAAGGACAUGGAGCAGGAGGAGUCUGCAGAGAAGAUGAGAACUCCUGGGAACGAGACGUCCAUCUUGCUGAGCGGGCUGCAGGGGAACACCCUGUAUCAUAUCACGGUGAAGGGCUACAACAACAUUGGGCAGGGCCCCCCCAGCAGCGCAGUUAGAGCAAAGACCAAGAAAUCUCCUCCGAGCCAGCCUCCCAGUAAUCUGAUGUGGAUGCAGGAGGGGGACAAUGUGUCUCUUGGGUGGGAGCCGGUGAAGUCGCUGGACAAUGAGUCUCAUGUCAUGGGUUAUAAGGUGUUACUGCGUCAGGAGGGGCGGAGCCACAGCCAGGUGAUCGAGACCCACAACCCCUCAGCUGUGCUGUCGCUGACAGAGGGCGGGGCCUACAUCAUCGAGGUGCGGGCAAUCAGCGAGGGCGGAGUGGGCACCGCCAGCGCUCAGAUCCGAGUGCUCACCUCGUCAGGCGUUCGGGUGAAGAGUGGUCAGUGGUCAGUGCACAGUGCCCUGUGCAGCUCAGUAUGGACCGUGCUGCUCCUGACCACACUGGUGCCUUUAGCUCCUUGGUGAGACCAGAGCCCACCCCCUCAUCCCGCCCGGCCCUGCCCAGCCGGAGCCAGACUCCUCCCAAUCACAUGGGCGGCUGGCUUGGCCUUAUCUCAUCAACAGGACCCGGAAGGCCUGUUGAAGGGGACACAUUUUUCCCACACAAGGAUGGCUGAAAUAUGCAUUUCUUUAUUUCCCUUUUGUUUUUGAACAUUUGGUACUUCUUUUGCUUUAGGUCUUUCCAAAACCAUUGUAGUAAUCAUACUGUACAUUGUUCGGAAAGAUUGUAGUUUGUUCCUGUACGCUGACUUGGUGAAGAGUCCACCCCGUGUACAGAACAGCAUCUUAGCAAGUUCCAGAAGGCUCGUAGGUGGAUCAUGAACGACAACCAGUUCAAACUAGUUCCCUAUGCCAGAUUUUUCCAUUAUUUUUCACUCUCGGCUGCCUAACUGUUAAAGGCAGAAAAAAAGAAAACAAAAAACAACUUGGUAGAAAUAAGUGCAUUGUUUUUCUUAUUCAGAAAAGACAUUUUUUAUAGUAUCAGAGUCUUACUAUUUCCAGAAUCUGCUUUUGUACUUUGUGUUACCUUUAGAAAAAGUGGCGUGCGUGUCAAGGUUUCUGUUUGCGAUUGCCAACUAAGGUGCCAGGAGACUCGGGAGAAGGUGACGUGUUUGACCAAUAGGAGACAGGCUCUUUCCUGUAGUGCCCAAUCACAUCAUUAGACAGUGACAAAAUCACUCUGUGGUGUGACAAAAUAAAUAAAUGUGAUGUAUAUUUUUAA